AUGCCUCGGUUAAAAUCACGGAUGUCGAAGUGUUCACCCCAAGUUCCAAUCUUUAAAACAAAGAAAGGUAGGGCUCCCACCUCUGUCAUUCUCGUCAUCUUUUCUCAUCGUUAAAUCUUGUUGAGAAACCCAUUUCAACUCUCAAGGAAACCAAGUCAAAUUUUGACAUGGAAUCAGGAGUUGUUUAUGUGUUAACCCAGUGAUCCAUUGAUUCAUCUGUUCGAGAAUUUUCAUCUCAAAGUGGGAGGCGGUUAAGUAGGUGGGGGAAGUGUAAGGAUCUAUCUUUGUGCGGUUGGAAUCGCAGGCACUACGAGAUAGGACCCCUCUGAAGUCUAAUAAAGAAACAUUUUGCACAUAAAGUCUACGAUCCUCUAUAAUAAAAGAUUGCAUAGCGGAAUAAAAUUAUCGGAAUUAACUUCAAUAGAAGAUAAAAUUGAAUUUUUCCAUGACUUACUAGAGCAUAUCAGUUAGCUUAAAGCAAGUUAGAUUUCUCCAAUUUUAAUAAAUUUGCACCCUGAGAGUAUAGUCAGAUCAGGCAACGUUCAAAUUAUUUUAACUGAUUUUUUCAUUCCUUUAAAUCAAAUUUCUACGGAAUUAAACGGUAAAGGUAGUUGGUACUUAUCUUAGUAGUCACCUGAAUAGCUUUAAAGGGGUAUUUGUACAAAGCAGAGUUUGGUUUGGUAGCUUGGAUGCUUACUCUAUUAUAUUAAGAUAGAAAAAUGGCCAUUUUUACCUAAUCCAAGAUAAAAAGGCUAGCAUGGACUUAUUGGUGUUAUUAGAAGAAGCAUUAUUCUGCAAAACUACUUGAAGUACUCUAAUGAUGAUUAUAAUGAUUUAAUUUCUUCUGAAGUGCUAAUUGAAGAUCCAUAGCAAAGAAUUUAGAUUGAGGAUUUUAUAGAUAGAAUCAAAGGUCUGAUGCUGAAUUAAAAACCAAAUAAUUAGUAAAUUGGCUCUGAUAGUGGUAAAAGACAGAAAUAGCUAUAGUCGAAUCUCUAUGAUCAUGAGGUCGAAGAGGGUAUUGUUGAAGACGAUGAGUAUUGUAGUGAAGAUGAUACUUAAUUACAGCAACACUCCUAAUCUAUGUUUUAGUCAUAGAUAUAAAAUUAGAAAUAGAAGAAAGCAGAGGAUUUGCUUUCAAAUAAUACUAAUGCAAAUAAAAUUGAAAUAGAAUCAUAAAAACUUGGAGUAUCCUCGCUAAAAUACUAAUCAUAGUUGAAGGAAUCUUAGAAGUUCGAAAUUUAAAACUAUAAAUCAGAGGAUAAAUCUUAAGACUUCUAAAUACAAGAGCUAUCACCAGGUGAUUAUGGUGGUGAUUAUGGUUAUAGUUCAAAUAAAAAAGAUUAAACUUCAUUGCAAAGUUCAAAUCUCAAGGAUCUUAAAAGUCAGCCAUUAUCAAAUUAGAGCUCAUAAAAUCAUAAGUUGAAAGUAAGCAAAAAGACACAGAAUGAGCCUGAGGAACUACAUUUUGAUCUACCUGAAGAAGAUGAUACACAUUAAAUAUCGCAAGUACCUUCAUUUGAUAAUUUACCCUCUUCUCGCCAUUCAGGGUAUUAAUCUUCAAGAAGGCCUUCUUAACUUGACUAAAAUUCUUAAUACAUGGAUUAAAGCUAGCAAAAAAUCAGUCAGUAUUAAAAAUCCAAAAAGUAGAGUGAAAAGCCAGUUGCUAGCGGAUAUAAUACUAAUUAAAAGAGCGUAAAAAAUGCCUAGGGCUUUGAUGAUUUGGAAUCUUUAUAGGAGAGCGAGGUAGCCUCUAGACAUAAUCAAACUGAAUCAAGUUUUGAUAUGGCUUAAAGUUACAGGAUUAAAGUUAUAUCAUAAGAUUAGCCUGGCAUUGGAAAAUUAGAUGCUAAUAUGCUCAAGGAGCUGGAAAAGCAAACAUACACCUAGCAAAACAAAUAGUAGCCCUAGUUCAAGACUGGAAAGCUUAAUAUAGAUGAUUAGAGUUAAAAAUCUUCUGCCAAAUCAUUUAGACCACGAAAUAGUUAAGGAAUUAAAAGUAAUCUAAAGAGUUCAUAAAUUAAAAAAGCAGAUUCAUAGUAUCAAAUGAGCUAAUUGAGUGCCAGAAAUAAAGUUAAUGAACAUGAUAUUCCCAUUUCUUUUGUCAAGAGUGAAAGAAAUUCCGAAAGAUCUAUAAACAAUUAGAGUAGAAUGAGUUAGUCAUAACUACAUGAUGAAUUUGGAUGUGAUUAAAGUUCUAUAUCCUAGAAUUAAGAAACUGACCCAAAUAGCGAUUGCAUUGGAUUUGUUGUUGGCUUGACAGAAUCAUAAGCAUUAGGCAUUUCUAUAGAAAAAGCGGAAUUUAUCCUGUUCACUUUUGAGAAUAAAAAUAACAAAGGCUAAUCUUAAGAUAUUCAAAUCAAGCAAAGGCCUUCAAAUUUGGAAAAUAUUAGAUAAGUUAUCAGCCUUAUAUCUGUUAUUCCAAAUUAGAGGUAUAUUGUCGUCUCUACUGAAACUACAGUUAACAUAUUCUAAUUGGAUUACUAAUACAAAGUUUAAAUCUAGUUCAUGAAGCAGAUGAAGAUUUAGGCUGAUUCUAUAUGUGCAUCUUUUGAAGAGCCUUCAUUCUUUAUAGCUAAAGCAAAUAAAGUUGGAAAAGCAUUUAUUGACCCAGAAAAAGAAUCCAAGGUUUACAUUUCCAGCAAAAAGCUUUAAUUUUACUAAACUGAUUAAGUAAAAGUUUCAGCUAUGUGUUAUACUGAAAUGAAAGAAGAAGAUAGUGAUUAUGAAGUUAGAGGUAGCAGUAAUAGGAAUUCAACAGUCUUAGUAGAUGGUUUUCUAGCUAUUGCAACUGAGGACUUUCACUUUAUAAUUCUCAAAAUAAAUGGCAAAUAGGGCAAGCAAGAAUUAAUCGUACAUCUUGAAAAUAUUCAUGAGAGUACUAUCACUUAGGUUUUACCCCUAACAGAUUUUACAAGUUUACUGUCGUUUGUCACUCUCAGCUAUGAUACCACUAUUCAUAUAAUUUCCUAAGAUGGAGAGCAGGAGUACCAUUUCGGUGCAAAUGGAUAAGUUAUAAAUGGAAUAGUAAUACCUUCAAGAUAAAAAGAUCACUUUAUUGUCUCUGCAUUUAACGAGGAGGUAGAAUAAAAUGAGAUAAGCGUGUAUAGGAAAGACAAAUUAUAGUUCUAAGUUAAUGAAAAAUUCGAUAAAGGGCACUUUAUAUUUGAUUUUAAACUUGUAGGCAAUAAACUAUUCCUUCCAGUCUAGAAUAAAGUCAUCAGAAGAUAUGAACUAGAAGGAUUUUGA